GGCGGUGUCCCAUACAGGGGGUGCGGGGAACCACGGCGCGCCCGGGGAGGACGCGGUGUCAGCAGCGGCAUCUUCGGCGUCGCGGAAAUGGGCGCUGGGUUUCCCCCUCUCAUCUCGUUGUCCCUCUCCAGAGUGAGCGUGGUGGCUGCAAGAAGGGGUUGGCACAGGCCUGGCAAAAUACUCCGAAUAACCUAUUAAAACCCCUCUAUGCUUGCAGUCCUGCAGGAAGAAAUAUCUUCACUGGAAGUUCUGAUGAACAGUGGGUAGAGAAAAAGGUCAUGCAUCCUGUAUUUUGGAGGAGUGCAUUGAAAGGCAGCAGAUUUACCUCCUUUUUUGCCCUCCAGUUUCAGCUAAAAAUUCUUCCUUCACUAAAGCCGCGCAUAUGCGGAAGUUGUAGCUGCUGUUGAUGUGAACACUCUUGCCAAUGAUGUUUAUAAGCACAACUUUCCCAGCACGCCGUUAUGGGCAAAGACUAUUGAGGGCAUAACACUGAAAGAAUUUGACAGAUUAUCUUUUGAUAUGAUUUUGAUGAGUCCUCCCUGUCAGCCUUUUACAAGAACUGGCCUGCAAGGUGAUGUGUCCGAUCCACGGACCAAGAGCUUUCUCUAUAUCCUUGAUAUUCUCCCAAGGCUUCAGAAGCUUCCAAAAUACCUACUUUUAGAAAAUGUUAAAGGAUUUGAAUCCUCUUCUGCAAGAAAUGAACUUUUGCAAACACUAGCAACAUGUGGAUUUAAAUAUCAGGAAUUUCUCUUGUCUCCAAUCUGUCUUGGCAUUCCCAAUUCCAGGCUGCGGUAUUUUCUAAUUGCAAAACUUCACCAAGAACCAUUUUCCUUUCAAGCUCCUGGUCAAAUAUUGACAAGAUUCCCAGAUCAGGAUCCAGAAGAUUUACUCAAGGAAAAAGUCGCUGAUAAAGUGGGUGAAACCAGUUCUUCUUUGUCCUGUGAGAAGAAUCUGGAUCCAAACAUUGGUCCAGAUUGCAGCAGCAAGAAGAGUUUACCAAAAGGGGCCUUUCUAUUUAAGCUUGAAACAGUAGAAGAAAUGGAAAGGAAACAUAAUCAAGAUAAUGAUUCCUCUAUUCAAAUGCUAAAAGACUUCUUGGAAGAGGAAAAUGAAGAAAUGAGUCAAUAUUUCUUACCACCAAAGUCCUUACUGCGCUAUGCUCUCUUGUUAGACAUUGUUAAACCCACCUGUCGGAGGUCCACGUGCUUUACAAAAGGGUAUGGACACUAUGUAGAAGGGACCGGCUCAGUUCUGCAAACAGCAGUAGAUGUACAGCUUGAAUCAGUGUUUAAACACCUUGACGAAUUACCAGAAGAAGAGAAGCUUAUAAAAUUGUCAACACUAAAACUGAGGUACUUUACUCCAAGAGAAAUAGCAAAUCUUCAUGGGUUCCCUUUGGAAUUUGGUUUUCCUGAGAAGGUAACAGUAAAGCAGUGCUAUCGUCUUCUGGGAAACAGUCUUAACGUACACGUGGUGGCAAAAUUGAUCUCCAUUCUACUUGAAUAAUUUAGAACCUGCAACUGAUGCAUAUGGACUGGUGACAGAAAAUACUUCCAUCUUUUAGGAGAAAGCUGAUGGAACCUGGACAAAAACCCCAGCUUGCCAAAAUACUUGUCCAGACAUUUUGCGGAAAAGUUUUGAUAUAUUUUUAAUAACUUGAAUUCAUGAUGGAUUUAAACUUUAUAGGUGUUUAAUUUAAAUAGCAGUUUACAGGACUUAUUUGCUUUAUUUAAAAGUUCUUUUUAGUUUGCAGAAUGAAAAAUAGCAGCAUAUGCAAAUACUUCAAUGAGAAAGGAUAAGAUUAUUUUAUUUUACUUUAUUUUUUAUCUUAAAACCAUUUCCUCAGUACUGUGUGAAACUGUGUCAAAGCUGUUUCAAUUAGGUUCAAAGACCAAGUUCAAUAUGUAAAAUGUCUUAAUCUUUAAAUGUAAGUGGUCCAUUCUGAAAAGAUUUACUGUAUAUAUGAUCUGAAAUUUUGGUGUGAUUUUUGUAGCUCAUGAAACUAAUAAAUUCAGUAUUUUAUAUACAA